CACGCAGAUACAUGUCUUAGUCAAAUAUAUACAAAGACGCAGCGCACGAUGAAUGGUAAUGUAACAUUUUACAGAUGAAACUGUCCCGGAGGCACAUUUAAGGAAGUGUUUGGUUGAAGGUCAUGUGGUUAAGUAACUCAAAAAGGGAACAUGACAUUUAAGGAUAUGACAGGAAACUAUAUUGUAAGUGGUGUGAAAAGCAGGUUGUAAUAGUAAGUAAUAGAGAGAUAGAUGUGGACAAAGUGUGGAAAGUGGAAGUAGACAUGAAGCAGUGUGCCUUGAACUGACGGGCUUUUCCUGUGUGUAAUUUUCAUGUGCUGACGUUUAUAUAUUCAUUUCCAUUCAGUAUUUGACACAAAAAUAAUUGGAUAAAAUUUGACAAAAGCAUUUAAGUUUCAUUUGAUUCAAAAAUAGUCAUUUGCCUUGUAAAAACUAAAUUUAGCAACAUGGCGUUCCCACAUCAUGGUUAAAAAUCAUGUCAAAACUAAUAUCUGGAAUAAAGUGACAACUGAAUGUUUAAAGCCUACAGAUCCACUGCUCUUGAAGCAUAGUGGUUCAUUUAAAAAACACAUAUAAACAUUUUCAAAUGUAAUUUUGCCCAGUUUCCUUUUCACCCCUUUGGUUUCAUUCUAACAUUAAUUGGUUCAUUGUAUAAUCCAGUCCAUUUUUUUUGCUACUGCAUGGUGGUGCUGUUCUGCUGUUGUAUUAUUUUGCCAGGGCUUGUUUCUUUCACCAUAUCAACAUUAUUGCAUUUGUCUUUUUAGCACCUGGUGUGCAGACAACUAAAAGCAUAUUGGAAUUAUUUUAUUUAUAAUAUUGAAAGUAUAUAAUAUAAGUGAAUUGGUGAUGACCAUGUUUGUUUUGGACAUUUGUAUCCUAUUUUGAACAAAAACUAUUUUGCAAUGAAGACUUUUAUUUUUUAGAUUAGACCGUUAUACCUUGCUGUAUACAAGAAAAUUCCUGAUUUUGUCAUGCUGUCAGGCAGGUUCACUUUCUUUACUGCGGCUCUAAGAGCAUUAAAAUGUUGAACGUUUUUGUUCCAUUCAUCUCUUUGAAAGUCUAUGCCCUACUUUAAGUAUUAGUCUACUGUAUGUGAAUCUGUCCCUGAAUCUCCAGCGUUCAUCCUUAUCGGACCUGUCACCGAGCUCGUCAGGUGUGCGUCUGAUUGAAGCCGCCUACAGUAGACCAGGUCAGGUCAGCAGAUCCCUUUCACGCUGUUAGUGUAAUCUCAUUUAGAAGCUAUCCCCAUCCCUGAGGGAGGGUUCUGGAGCUCAGACUGCAGGUGCACUAUACAGCAGGCAACCGACUAUGUAUAAGAAAAACUUGAAAUCAAGCAUAAAAUUAAAGGAAGAUGAGGGACAGCAGCUGCAGUGGAAAGCAACUCUUACAUGAAAUUUACGGCCAGUCUAAAAUAAGUGCUUGACCAAAUGUGGUUACUCAUCCUCUUACUAGUCCUCACCGUUGAAGUCCUCAGGCUUUGCAUAGUCUUUGUCAAGUUUGACCACCUUGACUACUGCAAAACAAUCAAAUAUUUCAUUUUAACAUUGGAGUUUUCAUAUUUCAACAUGUAAAAAAGUAUACUAAUGUUUAAAAGGAGGCUUUGCAUAACGUAAUAUUUUAAUACGAGACAUUAAUAGGCAAUUCUAUCAUAUAUUUACCUUAGAUACAGUUUUUUAAUACUGUACUGCACAAUAUCCAUCUUAUCUUUUAUACUUUUUUUCCCAAUAUUUUACUUUUAAUUGUGUUUAUUCUUUAUUGCACAUUUACCUUUUAGCACAGUCUUAAACCACGAGCCUCUUAUUGAACAUAUUUAGUUUUAGAGGAGGUAUGUGCCUUCAGGCCCUGCAUCCGUUUAGAUACGUUGUGACCUCAAGUGAACAACUACAAUGCCCCAGUGCACUCGUGUGAUCCGUCCUGCCGCGUGUCACCUGUGGAUGUCUGGACAGAACAGGGAUCAAUGUCUGUGCUUUUGGUGUGAAAACAGUUUGCAGGAGUUGGCCGGGAUGCGUCUCACGGCGACAGUCUACCAUGCUGCUCCGUGUGGGCACUUUGUCUCUCUAAGCGGAUUGGUGCGGGGAUCCAUCGCACUACGCUCCGAUUGGCCGUCGCCAUCUCGUCGGGCGGCGCGUCAGCGCGGCUACACCCGCAUCAUCACGCUUCCUCCACCCCCCUCUGUCGGACAACGGUGCUGUAGGAUGUCGGAGCGCAGGCAGCGGCGCAACAUCAGGACCACAGGUCUGAGUGGGAUGGGGACGCGGACGGAGAUGUAAAUGGAGAACCAGCAGUGUCACCAAGAGAAACUGGACAUCCAUACAAUUGUACAGCCGUCCGCAUUAAAACACAAACAGCAUCACUUCUCUCUAAAGUAAUCCAUUACUCAAAAUUAAUGUCAAACUGCCCGCUGGAGCAGCUUAAUGCUGCCUUGCUGGGUGAAACAUUGCUAAUGGAAAGAAAGCCUUGUAAGAUCCAGCUCAUCAAAAUUCACCUAAAUGCAGCAUAAUGCCUUCAAAGGUGUCAUGUUUAUACCUGCUGACGGUGGUCUGCUGGGCGAGCGCUCUGUGGUACUUGAGCAUAUCCCGUCCGUCGUCCACCUAUGUCGGCCACAUGUCACUGUCCAUACGGAAGGCGGCGAAGCCGCCCAAAAACAUCACCUUCACCAACAUCCGCACCCGCCCCCUCAACCCGCACGCCUUUGAGUUUGUGAUCAACGAGCCCAAGAAGUGCGAAGAUGUCACUCCCUUCCUGGUCAUCCUCAUCAGCACCACGCACAAGGAGUUUGAUGCGCGGCAAGCCAUCCGGGAAACCUGGGGGGACGAGAGCAUCCUCGCCGACAUCCGCAUCCUCACCAUCUUCCUGCUCGGGAGGAACACGGACUCCGUCCUCAACCAGAUGGUGGAGCAGGAGAGCCAGAUCUUUCAUGACAUCGUGGUGGAGGACUUCAUUGACUCCUACCACAACCUCACCCUCAAGACCAUGAUGGGCAUGCGCUGGGUGGCCACCUUCUGCCCGAAAGCGCAGUACAUCAUGAAGACUGACAGUGACAUCUUUGUCAACAUGGACAAUCUGAUCUACAAGCUGCUGAAGCCCACCACCAAGCCAAGAAGAAGAUAUUUCACCGGCUAUGUGAUAAAUGGUGGUCCCAUUAGGGACAUGCGCAGUAAGUGGUACAUGUCCAGAGACUUGUAUCCUGACAAUAAAUACCCACCUUUCUGCUCGGGCACCGGCUACGUGUUCUCAGCGGAUGUGGCUGAGCUCAUCUACAAGACGUCCCUACACACAAGACUGUUGCACCUGGAGGAUGUGUACGUGGGACUGUGUUUGCGUAAGCUGGGUAUACACCCUUAUCAGAACAGUGGUUUUAAUCACUGGAAAAUGGCCUACAGUCUGUGCAGGUACAGACGGGUUAUCACCGUCCACCAGAUCUCCCCGGAGGAGAUGCACCGCAUUUGGAAUGACAUGUCCAGCAAGAAGCACCUGAGAUGUUAGCGGACAUAAGGAACACUGAACUACAACUUUUUUCUCGGUUUUUUUUUUUUUCAAACUUCAUCAGUUAAACGCUGAUUCAUGUAAACCAUCGAGGGCUGCUGCAAGUCUUUAUUUCAUGAUAGAUCUCUGUCCAAUCUCUGCUGAUUACACCUCAUGAUUGUUAAUGAAUGCAUGGGGCUUGUAAAGUGCGUAUUCUCAUGUGUAGCUAAAAUGUGCCGUUGCUAUUGAGAGUAUUUUUUUUUUUCCGUUCAUGUGUUGGAGGUGCAAUUCAACCACACUCUUUCUUUACAAGCAAGCAAGUCAAUCAGCGUUAUGCAUCAAAUCGUGUGGCCUAAUGGGUAGGGACAGUGUUUCAGCCAGACGACCUUGGUUCAAGCUCUCACACUGACAUCCUUUUUCCCUGCUAAAGUGUCCUUGAGCAAGACACUGACUCUCUCUACCAGCUCCACGACCGCUGACUCAGCAGCCCAAUAUUCCUGCAGGGUGCAAGCCGAAAGAGAAUUUGUGUGCAGGAAACAGUACAGUGUCAAACCGGUAUAGAUAUUACGCAUUUUGUCAUAAGUAUUAUUUACAAAGUAAAGAGUUACUCAAUGCAAAUGUUAAUCCUUUUACAACGACACCAAAAUAACAACUAUCCGUUGAGAUGAAACUACAUGUACACUCAUGCUGCCCUCCCACUUUUUGCACUUUUCUCAUGAAUAAAGUAAAAUACAAAGCUGAAAAUGAUCUGCAAUAUAUAGUUUUAUCAAUCUCCAAACAGACCAAGCCGACAGAUAAUUGGUUACUUUUCAGUCGAUAAGUUUCGCAUAGUAUUGUUAUGAAUGAAACCACGCUGCUGAAUUCACCGGAUGCUCUUUUCUUUUUGUAAACGAAUUUGCCAGAUGUUAUUGUUUACAUACUGUCAUAACUUCACUGCCUCUUCUGUCCCGGAAACUCAGAUGUAUGUUUUGGGGUGUACUAUUUUUAGAUGCCUUUUUGUCGUUUCCCCCACUUUGAAAUUCCCACUCUUGAGGUAACCGUGUCUCUCAGCUGCCAGCUCCUCAUUAGUCCGGCUGCUGCUCUCUGUUAUGUGCUCCGCACGUCUGCAGCUAUUCCCGCUCAUCGACUCCUCCACACAUCAAGACAAGCGCGGUGUCGUGUCGCACAAGUAGGACUUAAACUGUAGCUGAGACUGGAUGUAUUAUCAUAUGUGUCCGCUGCUGCUGACAUCAUGGCAACAUUUUGUUUCUCAGAGAAUGAGGCUUUCAUGGCCAAAAACUUUCCUCUUUUUUUUUUCAUAAAUUUUGUAGUAUUAUUAAGCUAAUGUGACAUUUACUGUGAAAGCAUCUAUCCCGCAAGGGGUUGUUGUGAUAUAUUGUAUGUUUUUUACAUUAAAAAACAAAUACUUGAAUAA